GAAAAGCUUCGUCCAACGAUGACGACGUUCAGAAGUCAGACGUGUCCUCAACAGGUCAGGGGGUCAUCGACAAGGACCACCUGGGGCCGCUGCUGCUGCAGGCUCUGGACGGCUUCCUGUUUGUUGUGAACCGCGAGGGCAGCGUCGUGUUUGUGUCGGACAACGUGACGCAGUACCUUCAGUACAAACAGGAGGAGCUAAUCAAUACCAGCGUGUACAACAUUCUCCAUGAGGACGACAGGGAGGAGUUCCACAAGAACCUGCCCAAAUCUAACA